AUGAAGGCUCGCUCCGGCUUGCGCACUCGCAGUCACCAUCGUCUCGAGGCUCUACUCAGCACGCAGACCAGAAGCCUGCACAUUCAGCUCGUUGGUCACAUCGAUAAUCUGGCCAGCUUGUCGGUAGCACAGCGCGAACACCUCACUUUUGAACGUUUGCUUGAGCGCAGCAACAACAUUGCUGCCGCCAUUCAAUCCCCCCACGUCGUCUGGCAUCGCGUUCACUUUCCAGAAAAGAUUCAACAGCGCCCAUCACCACUGCCAAUCCAGUUUGAGCAGUUCAAGGCUACCGUAGGGCUACCUCCACAGCACAGCCUUGCUCCGUCUCAAACAUCCAUCAACGUCCGCGUCACCGUCUGCCAUGCAUUCAGCCUGCUCGAUGCAGCCGAUGCGGCGCUCAAUGAUGAUGAUGAUGGCCCUGCAAGCCUCGAGAUGCAGGUAAAGCAGGCACGUCGAGCGCGAGGGAUGCAGCUCAAGACGGAUACGUGGAAGGUGAGCAGGUGUGCGAUCGAACGACUGCGCGCGCCUCGUGAGACUUACCCCCCUUGCCGCACCACAGAAGGCAGAUGGGCGGUUGCACUUCAACGGCGGACGCAAUCAACCAGAGUACGACUUUUUGAUGGAUCGCAAUGGCAUUCACUUGUACAGCCAGCAGUGGAGCGAACCACUUUUGCAGCGCCACCCCACGACUCCAGCAGAUGAGCUGCCCCAUUGCAACGAUGCGGGCGCAACCAAUGCAAGGCCGUGCGGCACAAGACCUCGCCGCCCGAGCAAUGCAAAGUCGGACGACACGCGCCCUUCACCGUUGUCUCGCGCAAACAAAGCAAAGUCGGACGAUGCGUGCUCUUCACCGUCACCGUCUCGCACUUGGCGUUCGUCUACCUCGCCACCUCGCACCCGCGCUACCAAUGCAAAGCCGAGCGACUCGACGCCUCCCUCGUCAUCUCGCACUCGCGAGGCGCGCGACUUGCCCCCUCACACCCCCGCAACUUGGACGGCAAACGCAAAACCCUGGCAAUUGUCGACGGAAGAGCGAGCAACACAAAAGGCCUUCCUGCUCAAACAAGCGCAGCACGUCGACGAUAUCCUUGCCGAGCGACAGCGUGCCAACAAAGCCACUCGCAGACGUCUCAAGCAGUCUCGCAGUCCCAAAGCUGAGCGUGCUCACUAUGAAGCGAUGCGCAAACUAAAAGCAUGGGAAGCGCAUUGCGAGGAAUCAUAUCGCAAUUGGAUGCUAUGGGCGCGCGCUCUCCAUUUGCCCGCCAAGGCCAUCGAGAGGAGCCGUGGGCAAUCAUUUGGCUGUAUGCAUGCGCUUCUUUGUGCGCCAGGUACCAGCGCAGCGGCCAUGAAGGAGGACAACUACAAUGUCGAGAUCAAGGACAAUAAAGAGACCCUCUUGCCAUUCAUCUACGGCAAGGAAAUGACGUCAACGCGCAAGCGCAUGGCAUCACUCUUUGCCCUUGCUAGUCCGCGCGUGUUUGAGCUGUACAACAAUGUGCGUCUCCUCCUCCUCAACAUUGCACCUCAUCGUCUUGCUGCUGGCACCAGCAGACAAGUGGCAAAAGAGAUGAACCGUUGUUGUGCUGCUCUUGUAGCGCCUUUUUCAUCCCUUGCUGUCAACAUGCCAUCUGAUCGCACGGCGCUUGGUGUGCAUCGCGACAAGAAGGAUGCCAAAUUUGGCAUGUGCAUGGUGAUGCCAGUUGGCGCAUUCGACGGUGCCCCUCUAAAGUUGCCGGAUCUCGGCAUCACAUUCCACAACAAGCCUCAGGAUCUCUCCCUCUUUCCAUCUGCCUUGCUGCGGCAUGGUAAUGGGAAAAUGCAAGCAGGUGUGCGCAUGUCAAUUGUGUGCUUCACCCAAAGUGCCAUCCUCGAAGAACAUUCGCGCUUGCCCGUGGUAGACGACUUUCCUAGAUGGCGGCCAUUGAACAUCGUAGACGGAGGCGCGGUACGACAGCUCUCUUGA